AUGAAUGCUGGUUGUAGGCCACCACAUCUGAGGAGAAGCAUGCGAAGGCGUAUGAAGCUGAAACCCGUCACGAUGCGGUUGACUUCACGACCGUUGCCAAGGCCCUGUUUCAGCAUCACAUAUGCAGGGAAAGGAAAGAGAGAGAUGCCGCCAUCAACUGAGUCCGGCUGGGCAGCUCUAUACAGGAAUCGGGAACAUUCUUUCGGGCUCGGAAAGUGCCAUCUGCGCUUCUUCAUCGGGCGACGAUUCCUCAGCGAGAUCAUCUUGCCUUGCCCCCAAGACGAUGUGGGAGACGAUAUGGCAAUGACAAUCUAUUCUGUGCCUCUUGGCAGGCGGCUCCAUGGCGAUAUGAAUCACUACUCAUCGCAGUGGUGUACAGUACAUGUAUAUCAUAUCCUGCACGUUAGCAUGAUGGCAAGGGGAGUUGAAGAUUCACUGCUUGAGACACUUAAUUGA